AUGUCGUCGCACGCUCCCCGCUCCGAGUCCCGCGUCGCGCUUCUCCUCCGCCAUUUGGUCCCCGCGGAAGGCGCCAACCAGCUGCGCAGCACCGACGACAUCCGCGCAAGCAGCACUUCCGCGGACGGGGCGACCACCGCGACCGCCCGCGCCUGCGCCUUCCCCUGCCCGCGCGGGUGCGGGGUUUCCGCCGUUCCUUGCUCCGCGCGCGCGGCACUGGGCGCGCCCGUGGUGGUGGGGGGGAUGGUGCUGGACGUGCAGGGGAGGGCGGGCGCGGAGCGGGCGCUGGAGCGAGGCACCACCACGCCAGGACAGGUGGAGUUCCGCCCCGGGGGAGUGGCGCGCAACAUAGGGGAGUGCAUGGCGGCACUCACUGCACCGCCCCUCCUCAUCUCCGCCGUGGGGGAUGAUGCUGCAGCGGACGUGCUUCUCACCCAUUGGGCAUCAAGAGGGCUGUCCACCCAUGGCAUAGUGCGGGCAGCAGGGCAGCGCACGGCGGUGGUGGCGAGUGUCUUCGAUGGGGGGGGCGAGGUGGCUGCUGGUGUGGCUGACGUUGCUGUCCUGGAGCAAGGCAUGCAGGAGCAGUGGAUAGAGCGCUUCACACAAGCCAUCCAUGCAGCGCCCUGCCUUGUAGUGGACACCAACCUCCCACCAUCGCUGCUCGCCCAUAUAUGUCAAUUGGCGGCAGCAGCAGGCGUGGCAGUGUGGUGUGACCCUGUGUCUGUUGGAAAGGCCCCCCGCACUCUCGCCUCUCUGCCACUC